AUGUUUAGUUUGAUCAAUUUUUAUUUCAAAAAGUUUUCUCUAUCACUUACUAUCAAUGCAAUUCUCACAACAUUUUCUUCUUUUGUGUUCCGUUACUUGUUAUUCAGCGUUGCUUUUAAAGAAGGACAGAAUGCAAUUACUUUUGCAGAUGCGACACUUUGCGCACUCUCAUGCAUCAUCUCCCUCGGAUGCUUCAAUGGCGUUGUCAAGCUCUUCCAUUACAUCCUUUACGGAAUUCUUUUUGCUGCUACUUACACUUUAGUCCAUUGGUUAGUAAUUGAAGGAGAUGUCAUCAAAAAUGUCAUUGACACAGGCCAUGCUAUCGAAGUUCACCUUUUUGCUGCAUCUUUCGGACUCGGUACAGCAAUUGUUGUCAGAGAAAAGCGUAUUGUCGGCACAACAUUUGAAAAUGCCGUUGAUAGCCACCACUGGGUUCUUUUUGCAACAUUAAUCAUUGCAUUCCUUUGGCAAAAGUACACAACAAUUUAUCUUACAAUAACAGGCGUCGCAUCUUCAAAGGCCUCAACAGCUGUAGUAAUGGCUGUUUGUGGAUCUUCAAUUGUUUCUCUCGUAUUUGAGCACUUUGUUCAGAAGAAGAUAGAUAUUUAUCGUUUUGCAAACAGUAUUUUUGUAGGAUGCAUUGGUAUUGGUUGCUCUGUACUCAUUGUUGGUCCUUGGGGUGCACUUCUUGUUGGCGCAAUUUGCGGUCUUGCCAAUACAUUUUUGAUGACACCGUUUAGCAAAUUUAUUGAGUAUAAAAUUGGAGCAGCGGAUUUACUUUCAGUCUCAGGAGUUAACGGAAUUAGCGCCUGGAUUGCCAUUUUCGUUGGAUUAAUCUCUGCUUACAUCAAAAAGCAAAAAGGCGUUUAG